CAUAAUGGACAACAUGUGUUCCACGGUUGAGAACACUACGAAGUCGCCAAAACAGGAGGAAGAUUAAAACAAGAUGGCAUUUGACGAAGAAGGUGUUAUUGUGGUUAUUAUAGUUAGUUGAUGUUAAUCGGUUCAUACAUGUCGUUUAUUAGAGUAAUCGUCGUUAAUAAGUGUUUGUAUCUGCACCUUGACGCUUCCCCUGCUAGUUAGCUUAGCUUGUUAGCCGCUAGCAAAGAAACGCGGAAGUGAUCAACAAGACAUUGUUAAGCAGAGAUCAAAUGUAACGUCUUAAGUGUUGGGAUUUUAUGAAGAUGUGCGAAAGAAAGACAGCAGAGUACAAGGAUGAACUUUCCCCGACAAAAGAGGAGAAUGAGCGUCAACGACAAGUGUGUGUUGUUUUCAAGGAGCCUAACAUGUUACACAGAGCAGACAUCCAGCAGAUUAUUAGAUGUCAAGAAGAAAAUCUCUCUCUUUCGCACAGAAGAAGCUUCACUUUGAAGCUGGAAGAUCCACAGCCCAUCCAUUUUAAAGUGAAAGAGGAGGACCCACCGUACCAUCAUGUUAAAGAGGAGGAGGAAGAUUCACAGCCCCCCCCACAUCAAACAGGAAGAGGAGGAACUCUGGAUGAGAGAGAGAGUGUGUCUUCUCGGGCAACUGACUGUGAAGACUGACGAUCACGAAGACCAACCACCUGAGUCCUCCCAGCUUCAUCACAGUCCAAGGUCCACUCAGCAGCCCAACAAUAUUAAAGUGGAAGAGGAGGAACCACAGACCCCCAGUUUUAAAGAGGAACCAACCCUUCAUGUUAAAGAGGACGAGGAGGAACCACCCACCUAUUUUAAAGAUGAAGGGGAGGUGCCACCUUCCCCCAACCUUCAAGAGAAAGAGGCGGGUGAGUGUCUGCUCGGGCAGGAGGAGGCUGAUCUCAUCAAGAUUCCACUGACCGUGGUCUCUGUGAAGACUGAAGACCAAGAAAACCAACCAUCUCAGUCCUCACAACUUCAUCAUAGUCCAAACAUCCAGCAACUGACUGGACAUCAAAAAGAAUGUGUUCUUCGACCACAGGCGGGAAGCUUCGCUUCGGAGCUGCCCCAUUAUUUGAACAAGGAAGAGGAGGAGCCACAUCGCCCUCACUUUAAAGAGGAAGAGGAGGAACUCUGGAUCACUGAGGAGGCCGAGUGUCUUCUCAGGCAAGAGGAGGCUGAUCUCACCAAGUUUCCACUGACUGUUGCCUUUGUGAAGACUGAAGGCCAUGAAGACAAACCACCUGAGUCCUCACCUCUUAAUAGUCCAAGUGAGAAGAACAGAGCCGUGGAACCUUUAGGCUGCAGCUCAGCACAACUCAUGACAACAGAAUCUGGCGGAGACCCCUGUGGAGGAUUACAAGCAGACACACUCUUAACUCCACUGUCAGAUAUUGACAACACAAUGUCACACUUUAAUGUAAAUAUUGAAUCAUACAUGAGAACACACACGGGAAAAAAAUAUUAUAGUUGUUCCGUUUGCGGUAAAACGUUCUCUCACAAAAGUAAUGUGCAAACACACAUGAGAACGCACACAGGAGAAAAACCCUUUGUUUGUUCUGUUUGUUCAAAAGCUUUUGUUGUAAAAUCUGGUUUGACUUCGCACAUGAGAAAACACACAGGUGAAAAACCUUUCAGUUGUUCAGUUUGUGGUAAAACCUUCUCUCUCAAAGGCCAUGUCAAAACACACAUGAGGACGCACACCGGAGAAAAGCCUUUCAGUUGUUCAGUGUGCGCUAAAAAGUUCUCUGACAAAGGUCACAUGCAAACACACAUGAGAACGCACACCGGAGAGAAACCUUUCGGUUGUUUAGUGUGCGGUAAAAUGUUCUCUGACAAAGGUCACAUGCAAAGACACACAAGGACACACACAGGAGAAAAACCUUUCAGUUGUUCAGUGUGCGGUAAAAGAUUGUCAGAUAAAGAUGGAUUGAAAAAACACAUGAGAACACACACGUGCGAAAAACCGUUCAGUUGUUCAGUGUGUGGCGAAAGAUUCUCUGGCAAAUAUAAAUUUCAAACGCACAUGAAAACACACACAGGCGAAACAUCUUUCAGUUGUUCAGUGUGUGGUAAAAUAUUAUCUGACAAAAGAAAUUGUCAAACACACAUCAGAACACACACAGGGGAAAAACCUUUCAGCUGUACAGUGUGUGCUAAAAGAUUCUGCGAUGAACGUAGCAUGCAUAGACACAAGAGAACACACUCAGAAGAAAAACCUUUUAACUGUACAGUGUGUGCUAAAAGAUUCUGCGAUGAACGUAGCAUGCAUAGACACAAGAGAACACACUCAGAAGAAAAACCUUUCAGCUGUACAGUGUGUGCUAAAAGAUUCUGCGAUGAACGUAGCAUGCAUAGACACAAGAGAACACACUCAGAAGAAAAACCUUUCAACUGUACAGUGUGUGCUAAAAGAUUCUGCGAUGAACGUAGCAUGCUUAGACACAAGAGAUCACACUCAGAAGAAAAACCUUUCAACUGUACAGUGUGUGCCAAAGGAUUCUGUGACGAACGUAGCAUGCAUAGACACGAGAGAACACACUCAGAAGAUAAACCUUUCGACUGUUCAGAGUGCGGUAAAAGAUUAUCUGACAAAAGUAGCAUGCAAAGACACAUGAGAACGCACACUGGAGAAAAACCGUUCAGCUGUUCAGUGUGCGGUAAAACGUUCUCUGACAAAGGUCACAUGCAAAGACACACAAGGACACACGCAGGAGAAAAACCUUUCAGUUGUUCAGUGUGCGGUAAAACGUUCUCUGACAAAGGUCACGCGCAAAGACACAUGUGGACACACACAGGAGAAAAACCUUUCAGUUGUUCAGUGUGCAGUAACAGAUUGUCUGACAAAGAUGGUCUGAAAACACACAUGAGAACACACACGUGCGAAAAACCGUUCAGUUGUUUAGUGUGUGGCGAAAGAUCCUCAGACAAAUACACAUUUCAAACGCACAAGAAAAUACACACAGCCGAAACAUCUUACAAUUGUUCAGUGUGUGGGAAGAUAUUAUCUAACUUAAGAAGUUGUCAAACACACAUGAGAACACACACAGGGGAAAAACCUUUCAGCUGUACAGUGUGUGCCAAAGGAUUCUGUGACGAACGUAGCAUGCACAGACACAAGAGAACACACUCAGAAGAUAAACCUUUUGACUGUUCAGAGUGCGGUAAAAGAUUGGCUGACAAAAGUAGCUUGCAAAGACACAAGAGAACGCACACUGGAGAAAAACCGUUCAGCUGUUCAGAUUGUGGUAAAAGUUUCUCUGCCAAAUGUCACAUGCAAAAACACCAGAGAACACACACAAAAGAAUAACGUUGUUUUUUUGGGGGGUCCGCUUUGAAUGGACCCAAUAUUUACUAGAAGUCUAUUGUAAGAAUUCUCUGAAGUCUGGCUAAGGUCCAUAUUAACCAUUCAUAAUGUUAUGAAAUACAAAACCCUCAAAUGUAUUUGUAGUACUGGCAAAAUAUAUUCUUUCCAAUGUUUCCAACGUUUUUAGACAUGAGUCACCAUUAUGUGCAACUUUGCUCAAAGUAAAAUUUAAGAUUUACUAUAUUGUUUCAUUUAAGAAUACCACAGAUUAUCGUAUGUUACCUUUGAACAUAUCUUUUAAACGUCUAUAUAUAUUUAUUCAAAUGAUUAAUUGUAUUGAUUAGCAAAACACAUACACAAAAGCAGCAAAUAUUUGUUGUUGUUAUGAUAGAAUAUGUAAAAUGGCCGUGGUUGUGUUUGAGCCUGUUCACCAGAAUCCGAUUGGCUCCUUUUGUAAUUUGGGGGGCUAUUGGAGGAGCAGAGAGUUGUGAAAUCUGAGUUUGGCAUCUGUUCUCCCGUCCACACUGGAGAACGCUAACGUUAUGAGUCGUCGGUCCAAUGAAUGUGAAAUGUAUUGUUCAAAUACAACUAUUACUAACGUUGGAAUAAAUAAGAAACAUGUUAGCAUUGCUGGUUUGUCUCCUACUAAAAAGUACUCGAGUUGUGCUAUUUCAUCAUCACUUUAUGUUGUGAUGCUAAAGAAAAUGUUUCUUAGGGAUCUUCUUUUAGCAUUGUAAUAUCGAUGGGUCUUUUUAUUCAUUGUAUUUCAUAAGGAAAAAGCAACAAUUAUGUUCAAUGUUCAAAACUUGCUUUUUUGUUUGUUUGUAUGUUUGCUUUUAACACUACGUGAGUUGUAUGGUCCUCUGUUGCCCUCUGUGUUUUAACAUUUUAAAUUCUAUUUACUGUUUUAAUUGGUUUCACCCUUAAAAUCGUUUUUAAUCAAUUUAUUUUAUAUUGGUUUUAUAUGUAUUUAUUUAAAUGAUAAAUGGGUUGUACUUGUAUAGCGCUUUUCUACCUUCAAGGUACUCAAAGCGCUUUGACACUACUUCCACAUUUACCCAUUCACACACACAUUCACACACUGCCAUGCAAGGCGCCAACCAGCACACAUCAGGAGCAAGGGUGAAGUGUCUUGCCCAGGACACAACGGACGUGACGAGGCUGGUACUAGGUGGGAAUUGAACCAGGGACGCUCGGGUUGCGCACGGCCACUCUCCCCACUGCGCCACGCCGUCCCUUUAUUAUUAUUUAUUUAUUAUUAUUAUUAUUUAUUUUUUGUUUUUAUGUAGUCAUUGGUGGAGCUCACGAUAGUAUUUGAAUGUUGUUUUUAAUAUGGUUGUGCAGCACUUUGGAAACAUUUUGUUGUUUUAAAUGUGCUAUAUAAAUAAAGUGGAUUGGAUUGGA